AAACAAUUAAAAGCUAACAGCAGGUUGGGCUGACACAUGUAAACAAUGGAUUUGUGUCAUGACUACAGUUUCCAAGAAACAAAAGUUUACAGAAAGUACUUGAAGAACGCCAUUCGUUCCAGCCUGCCUGACAGUGAAAAGUAGCACUUUAUGGAAAAUGACGAGCCUCUAUCAGAUUUCUGGCGGAAUCCUGACUGCUUUUGGCACUCUAAGUAUUAUUUCAGGGGUUAUAGCGUUUUUUCCUGUCUUUAGCUACAAUCCUUUGUUUAUUGGUUGGAGUAUACGGAUUGCUUGUCCUAUCUGGAAUGGAGCACUGGCCCUGUCAGUUGGCAUUCUUAUACUCCUAGCUUAUCAUCAUUGGACACAAAGGUCACUGUGGGAAGCCACAUUUACCCUGAGCCUUUUAAGUAUCAUCGGUUCCCCCGUGCAACUUACAGUGGCCAUUGCAUCCAUUCUUAUUGGUCCGUAUUGUUACUACACUUUUGCUGGGAUGUCAUCAACCAACUACAUUGGCUAUGCAAUAGAGUUUCCUUUCCCGUAUGCCACAUUUCAGAAUGUAUGCCAAGAACCCCUUCACUAUGAAUGGUAUCAUCUGGCUUUACAAAUCAUCGACCUGAGCUCAAGUGUUUUCAUUAUGUGCUCAUCAUUAGCUUUACUGAUCAAGCUAUCAGCCAGGAUGCUCAGAACAGGGACUUUAAAUGGAAGGAAAAACGUUUGGUGACAUGAUCAUAUCAUGAGGAAUGGUCAGCAUGGAAAUCUGCAAAGAACAAUGAACUGAUCUUUGUGUCACAGAUUCACUACAGAACACCUUGGAUGAAGGAAUUUAGUUACAAAAGACACUGGUGCUUAAAUAUCUAUAGGUACACAUCACAUUUGCUGCUGAAGAGCUUUUUACUGGCAUUAUUUAAUAGGUAUGUCCAUCUUUGAACACAACUUCACAGUUAUAUAGUAUUUUAUUUAGUAUAUAUUGGGGCAGCAAAGGUAGGAUUAAGCUUUUACUAUGAGGCCUCUUUUCUGAAACUCAACGAAUCAUCGGAUGGCUUUUAAUGGCAGGCCACCUAAUGGGUACCAUGACAAAUUUUUUUCUAUGUGCCAGUAAAUGGUCUGGGCAGAGACGGGGGGUAAUUAAGGUACCGCCUGUGUCUAUAUGGUGGAUAGUGUUGAGCGGCAUAGGCCAUAUUCGAAUUCGCGAAUAUUCGCGAAUAUAUGGACGAAUAUUCGUCAUAUAUUCGCGAAUAUUCGCAUAUUCGUUAUAUUCCCGUUUUAUUUUCGCAUAUGCGAACAUUCGCGUAUGCGAAAACUAUCAUAUGUGCAUAUUAGCAUAUACAAAAUUAACAUGCGCGAAAAUUCGCAUAUGUGAAAAUUCGCAUGUGCUAAUUUUCGCAUAUGCUAAUUUUCGCAUAUGCGAAUUUUCGCGCGCCAGUCUCACACAGUAGUAUUAGAGCCUUCUUUACACCACACAAGCUGGAAGCAGAGAGGGAUGAUCACUGUGAUGUGUACUGUGAAAAAAAAAAAAAAAAAAAAAAAAAAAAGAAUAUUCGUAAUUACGAAUAUAUAGCGCUAUAUUCGCGAAAUUCGCGAAUUCGCGAAUAUGCGAUAUUCGCGAAUAAUAUUCGAAUUGCGAAUAUUCGUGAGCAACACUAAUGGUGGACAAGGAAACAGUGGGAGCUGAUAAUUCUUGUCCACAGAUCUAACAAUCCUCCUUACUGAUGGUCUGUCUUGUUCAGAACAGCCUAAUAAGCAAGCAAUUCAUCUAACAACAAUCCUGCUUCUCACCGCAUGUCAAAGUCUGUACCCCAUGUCAAAUGUUUUUUUUGCCAAUGAGUGUAUAAUACUCCAGACUAUAUCUCUGAACUAUUAGACCCCAGACUAAAUGACUAAAUUAUUAGAUCCUAGAUCAGAACCCUUUUUUUGUUUAAUAUUUAAACAACAAAGGCCUUAAACUAAAUUAGCCUCUCCCAGCAUUUGCAGUUGGAGGCCCAAUGCAGAUACAGUAGAUACCAUGAGAGACCAUGACAUCCCUGCAUCAGGCUGGCCAGCGCUGGCACAAUGUCCUGGCAUCUUGAUGACUACAGGCCAGUUUAGGUCUGCAGCUUAUAGACUCUGGGAAGGGAAUCUGAUGUAGGCGUCACAGAGAGAACAGUGGAGCAGGGAGCUGUUUCUACUUCUCAGAAUGUGUGAUCUCAGCCUAAGAAUUAAUAUUUGCUAUGCAAAUAAUCAACUAACCUGCAUAUACCUCCAAAUAGUAAUAUGAUUAGUAAUUAUAACAGAGUUGUUGCAUCAUUAUUCAUUUCAUUUCUAAUGUGACAUAGAGUAGUUUAAGAAUUAUCACAUUUUUGCAGUGGACGACACUAUAUUUAUAAAGUGGAAAAAACCUAGGUCCAAUUAAAUUUGCAAGCAAAAUGUGUU